ACUGAAAAUUUCUAUAAGAAGGCUGAUCUGCGCUGAAGGAUAAUGACUUUUAAUCAUCGCACAUCAGUUCAUCACCAACUUCUCAUACUUCUUCCGUUCUCUCUUGCCAAUUUCUUCCUGCCGGUCAGGUAUCUUAAUUAUAUAUACCCUUCUUUAAAUACUUGACGAUGCCUUCAUUUAAAGCUUUCGCUACUCUUUGCAUCAUGGCCGCUGCCCAGCUAGCUGCUGGCCACGCAGUCAUUACCGAAGCUACCGGCGAUGCUGGUGGAACCGGAAUGGCUCUUGGCGUUGAUACUUCAACUCCCCGAGACGGAACCCGACGAAGGCCAUUCCAGCAGGACAGCACUCGCUUCCGGGGUGACCAAGCCGACACCGUCGGCGAGACUAUCGGCGCUGGCAACAAUGACAUCGAGCAGGGAACCCAGGCCAUCAUGGAUGAGACUGGUGAUCAGCUUCCUCAAGUCACUGCCGGUGGUGAGCUCAAGAUGACCCUCCAUCAAGUCAAUGCCGACGGCGCUGGUCCUUUCCAAUGCAUGAUAAACGACGACGGCACGGGAGAGGACUGGGAAGACAUCCAAGUCACGCAAUCUCCUCCGGGCGACGAUUCGCGGGACCGUGCCGGUAGCGAGACGGAUUUCCCUCUAGUCGCGGCUAUUCCUCAGGAUCAGGAGUGCACCGGGACUGUUGCCGGGCAGGACAAUGCCUGUCUAGUCAGGUGCCAGAACGGAGCCAGAGCCGGGCCUUUCGGUGGGGUCGUUCCGGUCCAGAUGUCUAACUCGAAUUCAACUAAUAAUACACGCCGAAGCAUCUCUCGCGUCAUGAGGAAGAGCGUGGCCUUUGCUGCUUAGCUGCUUAGCUGGCUGGGUGGUCGUCGUCCAAAGCAGAGUUUGGGGCAUCGAAAAGCUAUGUAACACUAAUAUGGGACUGGGCCCUGCACGCUUAUUCUUUUGGAUUGGUCUAGUCGUUCGGGGGCUUGAGAUAGAUAAUCGUAGAGAUAGUAAUAGACUGGUUGAAAGCCGUUGAAAGAGUAUCCUCGAUUU